AUGUCUGAUGAUCUGUGGAACAAGGACGAAAGCAGCCUCCCCUCCUCUGUUGAGCAACCAGAGCCCUUUGUUAAGGGCGUAAGGAAGGUUAACAGAGUAACAUCAGGACCAGCCAUAGUAACUAGAAGGAGGCGAUCUAGCAGUAGGACUUCGAGCAAAAAUCUAAAAAGUACAACUGAUAUCUCACCAGCGUCUAAAAUAUUCAGAAAUCUCCUUAUACUAGAAGACGACUUAAGACGGCAAGCCAGGGAGCAGAAGCUGCUGAAAUGGCAAUUCACACUGUUCCUAUCAAGUCUAAUGGGAGUUGCUGGGUUUGCAUUUUACGAACUGUACUUUUCGCAGGAAAACAUACAGGGGCUAUACAGGGUGAUGCUACAGUUUAUCUUUGUGUUUAUUAUGAUAACUGUGGUAUUAUUUCACCUCAGUGGGGAAUAUAGAAGAACCAUUGUAAUACCUAGAAAGUUCUUUACGAACACGAAUAAGGGAAUACGGAAAUUCAACUUUAAGUUGGUCAAAGUCAAGACCUCAUUUAGCGACCAAGUCGCAGACCUCGUGCGCUUCAUCAGCAGGAGCCUUGCACAGGCUAACAUCUGGCUUCUGAAAAUAAUCCUGCCGGCCUCUUACCUUGAAAAUGCAUUUCCAUAUCGGUUCUGGCGCUCCGUUGAAAUCAGGUCACAACCGAGGAUAGGCGCGGUAAACAUAAAGCUGGUCCUGUACCCCAGAGCAUUCAGUGCUGAAAUCAGAGAAGGAUGGGAGAUAUAUAGAGAUGAAUUUUGGGCGCGAGAAGGAGCUAGAAGAAGGAGACUGGUUAACCAAUUAACCCCAAAGAAGGAAUGA